GUUAUAAAACGUCAUUUGAAAUUAAAAAAUUACAGUCAAUUUGUCGCUGACAGGAUAACUUUUAGUCCAUGGAGUGGAUGAGGUAGAUUCCCGAAGCUCAGGCGUUUCACCUAUAACAAUCAUUUAAGCCUCUCAUCAAUCAAAUAUUUUAUCUGAACACCAAACGAACGUCAAUGGAGGGGAUAAUGCAGUUACCGUACGAUGCAACGGUGCGGUUCAUGUUAGCUUCACUCGAGCGCAAUUUACUACCUGACGCCGUUAUUAGGAGACUAAGUCGCUUGCUGUUGGCCAACCGUCUUCGUUCCGGUUACAAAGCUUCCUCUGAAUUACAACUCUCUGAACUCCUGCAGUUCGUACAUUCUUUAAGAGAGAUGCCUAUAGCCAUCAGGACUGAUAAGCCAAAAGCCCAGCAUUAUGAACUACCGACCUCUUUCUUCAAGUUGGUUCUUGGAAAAAAUUUCAAAUACAGCUGUUGUUACUUCUCUGAUAAGUCAAACACCUUAGAGGAUGCUGAGAAUGCUAUGUUGGAGCUGUACUGUGAGAGGUCACAACUGAAAGACGGUCACACUGUUCUUGAUGUUGGUUGUGGAUGGGGGUCACUGGCUCUAUACAUUGCUCAAAAGUACAAUAAUUGCAAGAUUACAGGGAUAUGCAAUUCAAGAACACAGAAAGAACAUAUUGAUGAGCAAUGCCGAAAUCUUCAGCUCCAAAAUGUGGAGAUCAUUGUUGCAGAUAUUAGCACAUUCGAAAUGGAUGCCUCCUAUGAUCGUAUAUACUCUAUUGAAAUGUUUGAGCAUAUGAAGAACUAUCAUGAUCUUCUCAAGAAGAUAUCCAAGUGGAUGAAACAGGAUAGCCUUCUUUUUGUUUAUUAUUUCUGCCACAAAGUAUUUGCCUACCACUUUGAGGAAACAAGUGAUGAUGACUGGAUCACUAGGUACUUCUUCACUGGAGGUACAAUGCCUUCAGCUAAUCUGCUUCUUUAUUUCUAGGAUGAUGUUUCUAUUGCUGAUCACUGGCUUGUGAACGGGAAGCAUUAUGCGCAAACAAGUGAGGAGUGGCUCAAAAGAAUGGACCAGAACUUGGCCUCCAUUAAGCCAAUAAUGGAGUCAACUUAUGGCAAGGAUCAGGCAGUCAAGUGGACUGUUUAUUGGAGAACAUUCUUUAUUGCUGUUGCAGAACUCUUCGGAUACAACGAUGGAGAAGAAUGGAUGGUUGCACAUUUCUUAUUCAAAAAGAAAUGAAUUUGUUAGUUCUUUCCGCUGGGAAAGAUAAUAAAGAAGCGAAAGGGCAUGUCCACGUUCUUGAACGAGGUUGCCCAACAUUGUGAUUGUAGUAAAACCGGAAAUUAUAUGACUGCAGAACUUUCAUUUCAGAAAAUGACGCUAGCCUUUCGAGGAUGGAGAUUUUAUUUUCUCUUCUGUAAGAGCCUGCUAUGGUAGCAUAACUUAUUCUUGACAUAAAAGAAUAAACUUUUAUUGUUUUCCAAAUUGUAUGAUUCAUCACCGGUUAUUACACUUC